AUGGAGCAGGUUCAUGGAGUAGAUGUUAGCUGGAUGACCCACGGUGGCUCUCCGAAAGACAGGCCGCCGAAAUCAAUACCCAUACGACGAUCUUCGACGUCUGCACCGAAAGAGUCAUCGCCACUCCCCUCUCCGACCACCGGCCAACCCGCGGUCUAUGGCCAGACCAAUGGCACCGCCAACGGCGCAAUAGACCCUGCAAAAGCGACGACAGAAGGCACAAAACCUAUGCAAGUCUCGAGGCCGCCUCUGGGAAGAAGCCCAUCCAACGAAAAAUCACCAGGGCCUAACGGCACUCCGCCAACCCGCCGGAACUCGUGGUUUUCCAAUAUCUCUUCCAAGUUUUCCUCUUCCCCCGACAGCAAAACCGCCCAGGCAUACCAGCAAGUACAAAGCACACCGCCAAAGGACUCUGGCCCAGUGCCUCCGAAAGUGACUCCCGCAAAGAAUGCCGUGCUCGCACACGCCGCUAAAAACGAUGGCGACCAGCCGUACACCCCAGCACCUCCCGGACGCGGCCAGGCCGGCUUUCUGGGGGUCUUCCGCCGGCUGUCUUCGUCUGGAGGUGUUUUAGGACAGGGAACGAGAGGGACCCACGGCCUGGUAGAGCGGAAGGUUCUGAACGUCGACCGCAACCGCGAACGUUGCCAGAUUUCGGACUUGCAUCAGGCGAAACUCCGGAGGGUCGCAUUCAGUGUUGAUGUCGAAAUUGCCCCAAUGCCCAAGUACGUCGAUACAGACGUGCCCUUCAAAAAGCCACUGGAGAAGUCAAAAACCAAGAAGAUGACGGAGAAGGGAGAGGGCGAGGCACUAAAACACCCGAAAAGCCUUGAACAGCAGAAGGAGCGCGAUGGCCUCAUCCACACAACCGGCGAGACCGUACCAAAGGAACCGGAAAAGGAAGGAACGGACUCGGUCAAGGCCAAGGAGGGUGACACGAACGGUGCAAGUGCUGCACCUGUGGACAAGGAGAAGGACAACAAAAAGAAGGAGAAGAAGAAGAAAAGCGAAGAGGAGAGGAAAGCUAGGAAAGAGAAGAAGCGGAAACAAGCUGAGGCCAACGGCACGAUCCCCAUGGAAAUCCACGUUGACGACAGCGACUCUUCCAGCGAUAUAACCCCAGCCGCAACGCCCAAGACGACAGCGUCCCCCACAACAAACCCCGUGAGGAUAUAUCGCCGUUGUUGCCAGUUGAGAGAGACGCCCAUUCUCAAGAAGAUCACCGAACAACUGAACAGCCCUUCGAAUUGCUCUUCCGAUAUCGGCAUGGUGCAGAAGUUGGAUUUGACGGGUUACUGGAUGCAGCUGCCUGACUUGAUCACUCUAGGCGAUUACUUGGCGGUCGUGCCUGUCAAGGAGGUUAUCUUGGAGAAUUGCGGCCUCACAGAUGAAGGCGUCAGGGUGAUAUUGGCCGGUCUCUUGGCAGCAAAGAAGCCUGAUUCAAAGAGGCGGAAACACACGCAGCCAGACGGUCUCACUACGCAGGGCGGCUUUGUCGAACGGCUCGUCCUCAAGAACAACAAGAUUGGGCCCGAGGGUUGGAAGCAUAUGUUCCUCUUCAUCUACCUCUGCCGAACGCUCAAAUUCCUCGACGUUUCGACGAUAUCAUUCCCCCGUCCUGCUCAGCCAUUACAAAACGGAAACGGGCACGGCCACCACUUGCUCAGACAUAAUUCCAAUGAUGAGCAACCCCGGAACAUAUGCGCAACCCUGUUUGCCAAGGCCAUUGGCGAACGACUGGGUGGCGCUACAUUGGAGCUACUCAAUCUCGGAGAGACUAAUCUUAAUUCGGAUGAUCUCGGCGUGGUAAUAGACGGUAUCAUUCAGUGUGGUGUAAAGCGACUUGGCCUUGCUCACAACAACAUUGAUGAAAAGGGGCUCAGGCAUGUUGCCAGAUAUCUAUCCCACAGCGGAUGCGAAGGCCUUGACUUGGGCGGCAACGAUCUUAGGGACCAAACUGAUAUCAUUGCCAGUGCGAUAUCAGAAAAGGAUUCUUUGUGGGCGCUCAGUCUGGCUGAGUGCAACCUAAAGCCCGGCUCGCUAUGCAAGAUUUUCCCUGCACUCGCGCAACUCAAAGACUUCCGCUUCAUCGACCUUUCUCACAAUCGGGAUCUGUGCAAAUCGGACCCCAGUGCUAUUGGUCUUUUGCGCAAGUAUCUACCAAAGGUACAGGGACUGCGACGUGUUCAUCUUGCCGAUGUCGCCAUGACCUCUGAGCAAGCAAUUGCGCUUGCUGAAAUUCUUCCUGAGGCUAAGAUGCUUGCUCACAUCAGUCUCCUGGAGAAUCCAGAACUCGUCAAGCUUGCAGACGCCAAGACCGAGGAUGCUCAGGAGGAAGCUUGCGCACUCUAUGCAUCAUUCCUGGCUGCCACACGUGUCUCCAAGACUAUUGUGUGUGUCGACAUCGACGUACCUAGCGACAACUCUGGCGAGGUUGUCAAGGCUUUGGCUAAGCAAGUGGUUGCCUAUUGCUUGCGGAACAUGGAACGCUUCCCCAUCGGCGACAUUAGCGCGGUCAUUUCUACAGUCCUGGUUGAAUCCCAGGACUCAUUGCCAGGCGGCCCAAUCCCACCUUACCCCGAUGUCCUCGCACACCUCGUCGGCCACGAUGUUCUCAGAGAAGACUCGGACAAUGAAUCUGCGCCGGACGAUGACUACGUUAUUGGAGGCACCGGUGUUGUUAAGGCUCUUACUUGCUGUCUUAAGAACAGGGGAGAUGAAUCAAGAAGGCAAUCUGGCGAGUUUAUCCGGGAUUUCGAAGAUGGUGUCCCGGUACCUGCGAGCCCGCGGCCAAAAUUGCCUCCAGGGAAGGCAAAGGAUAUGUCCAAACAUCUACUUGCCAGUGCCCGCAAAAUUCGCCAGCGGCUACAGCCUGCGCUGUCCAAGGCUAGAGUCAACCCGCAGGAAGAUGAGUACAACUUGCGCAAGUUGAUGUUCCUUGACGUCACACUCGCCAACAUUAUCAAACGGUUCGAAGAUGAAUUCCCCGAGACUCGUGUGUCCACGGAUGAGGCAUCGGAGACCACCUUACCCAGCCAGAGUGACAAGCUCGGUACCUCGCUAUCCUCGACGGAAGACCCUGAUCAGCAUAGCAUUCCGUCCGAUGUCGAGGACGAAACCGGCCUGUCAGUUCGGUCCGGUCUGCCGCGCACCAAUUCGACGUUGUCGCACACCUCGAAAGCCCUUGCUGAAGAGGAGGGUAGAAUGCACAGAGCUGGCCACAAGAUUCGUUCCGGAAUUAUCAAGCCCGAGUACUAUGGCAUGCUUAGCGGUGUACUCGAAGUUGGCCUCGACCCUGAGCAUACAGCUAUGCUCCACCAGAUGGUUGAAGAAAUCGACGACCCUGAUUUGACUCAAAAGGUUGAGCGAAAGGGCAUCAUACGCGUCUUCAACGAGGACCGCGAUCAAGUCCGCGAGGGACUUCGGGCACUUGAUCCCAUGCACUGGGAUCGGUUCGUUGAGAGUCAGGAGAAGGCCCGUGGGAACGUCAAGUCAGGCAUGACAAACAGCACGAAGCCAAUCGACGAGAACGCCAUUGAGGACUGA